GAGAGCUCUGCUCUGCCACCACACCACCAUCCCAGUGCAUAGGAGCAUGGUGCGCUACACAAGAAGGACUUGGUGUGGUUCCUGGCAGCCGGUGGAUAUUGUACCGGAGGAGGAAGCUGAGAGACUGCGUGGUUUGGAGCUGCGGGAGAACCUGGUGCGGGGGAUGGGGGUAGCAGAGCUGCUCUACUUCCUUCUGGGGAACAGAGUCCAGGGGCAGGACAAACACCCCUGGCUGGCGACUGCUCUCCAGCAAUACCAUCACCAAUGCAUUGACAAAGACAAGGAGUCCCCGCAGUGUUCAGGAUUCUCUUCUCUCUUCAGAGUGCGAGCCCUCAGCCCCCUCUCCAGGAGCCCCGCCCACACCCAUGUCCAGCUCCACCCCCUGGCCAAUAUACCUCGCUCCCGCCUCGACACAUCCAGACAAGGCCCCCUCAUGCUGUGUGCCCUGGGCAGGCCUGGCCGGCAGGGAGUGCGGAGACCCAUCCCCUGGACCAAAGGGAGGGACCCGAGCCUCCUGCGCAUAGGCUUGAGAGGAGUGGGACUCCCUAUGCAACUGGAGAAAGCCAGCCGAAACGAGAGCCAGCGGGCUGGCUCUGUUGGAAAGGGGCUCAAUCACAGCCCUCCCAGUUUCUCCAGUUCCCAGGCCAAUUUCUCUGGUGCCUUGCCCAGAUUCCCUGGCUUCUGCUGUAAUGGCGUCUAUGGUCCUGCAGGGGGCAGCCUCGCUGCCAUGAAGCCGGGCCCUCGCUUCAAGAUCUUCCAGCGCUCUGCCAGUCUGGGAUCACUACAGCCUGAGCUGGCAAGGGCCACUUUCGGUGUGUGUCCAAACCCCAUUGAGGCUCAGCUAAGCAGGGAGCAGGGUGGCUGGUUCAGGAUGAAGCCCCAGCAGGAGAGAGGGAGCAGCUGUGGAAGAGGCUGCUGAAGACAGCCAGCUCUCCUUUAGAGCACUUUCUGUAAAGCUAUGAAGAGUAUUAUUACCACACAUUUGUUUUUUAAGUGAUGUUAAAAUAAAGACUAUUUAUAAAGCGUUAUAGUAAUGAUGUUAUUACAGUUGCAUUGUAAUAGCAGGCUUACUGAUUUUGACGUGCUGCUUUUGAUAUUAACCAUUACAUAAAAUCUGCUUCGAUUAGUAAGAGAGAGUUGUUGACUAUAUUGACUAUACUGACCAGACUCUGCUCACAUCACAGUAGGAUACACCACGCUGCCUCAAAUCCACGCUGCCUCAAAUCAGUCUUGAUUAAGCACCACGGAGAGUGCACUGCCUCUGCUUUUUUGUUGACAGUAUUUUUCUUAACCGCCAAUAUAAUCAAACGAAAUUCUCCCUCUUAAGAGAGAUGAAAUAACUUAUUUUUCCACAAACUGAUUUUCUUUUUAGUUUAUACCACUAUUGUUGUUUUGCAUUCAGAAAUAUUUCAAAUAUUUUUCCACAACAAAUGACA